AUGCAUCCAAGGGAAGGCGCUUGGCCGAGAGAACCAGAUCCACGCGCACCGAGGCCUAGGAAGGCGCCAAGACUCCUAAAGCAUCUGAGUAGAACGCUCAGCGGAGGCCUGCCUAGUGCUCCCGCCACUGAAGGACCUGCAGUAACCGGACUAGCCGGAGACCGCAGCCCGGCCCGCCCCGCCCACGUCCUGAGGAUUCCCGGGAUUGGCUACCCGGCCUGGACCCGACCGUCCCGCCCCGGAUACCCUGCUUGCGCCCCGCCCCGCCCCGCUCGCAUUGUCUCGGCGCGGCACGCGCGCCCCGGCCUCAGUCUUGCCGAAUUGGGUGGGUGCAGCCGCGGCUACUUUGUGGCGGGGGUCGGGCCCCACCCAGACUGCGGCGGCUACAGCGGAUCUUGAACCAACCGUGGGCCUGGGGAGUUGAUCUCCAGCGACUGCCGGCUGCAGCGGCCUGAGUACUAACCACAGG